AUGUUGCAAGACGCUUUUUCCGACUCGAGCUCUGACUCGGGCUCGUCUGGUUGUUCUGGAGACUGCUCCGGCUUGACUUCCUCGACCUGCUGGUUUAGCGUUGGCUCCGGGAUAGAAAUGGUUCCGACCGACUUGAAGAUCAUCUCCUCGUGGUCAGAAUCAGGCUGUUCUUGUUCCUCUGGUUGUUCUGGUUCCUCUUCGGCCUCAACAACCGGGUCCUCAAUUUUCACCUUUUUAACACUGCGUUCUUCCUCAACCAACGGUCUCUUCAAGUCCUCGACUUCUGGCUCCUCUUCGGGCUCCUGUAUCUCAAUUGCCCGUUUCUGGGGGAGCAGCGGAAGUCUUGGGUUCAAAAAUACGCUCAUCAGCUCGUCGUCGUUGCUCAAGAGCUGUUUCACCAUUGGUAGCACGCUGGCAUGUGCUUCCUUGUUAGGGAACAACAGUGCGGCAUACAACAGCUCCUUAACCUCAGCGCCGUUCACAGCAUCGAGAAUUACCAUCCGUAUCGGUACGGCCAGAAACUCAACUAACAAGUUGACCAGCACCUCUAUCCGGGAAACAACCUUCAACACCUCAACAGAGCUCUCGUUCAAGUCCACUUGCAACGGAGAGAAGGUUGGCUGGAAGUCUGCAGGGAUUGACGGUAGUGCGUUAAAUUGCAACCACAAGUCUUCAUCCUCUUCCAAACUCAUAAACUCGGUCUCGCUUGGGCUGUUUUUGGUCAGGUUAAAAGAGAUUAGGGCCAGAGACUUGAGGAUUUUAUGUUGCAAGGCCGAAUCGAAUUUCUGGAAGUUCUGGUUAUUGAUGAUCGAAACCAAGGCAGUCUCAAACUUUGACCCAAAUGGACGGAACGUGGUGGAGUUGUUGGCCAACAGGUUGUAUAGAAGCGAGAUGGUUUUAUCAGGAAUUAAAGUGACGUUUUCCAACAAUGAUCCAAUGAUCGCUGGUAGUUUCGGGGUCAAAGUUUGUCUUGUGAGGGUCUGUUUACCUCUAAUGUUGCCGAUAAUAAAUUCCAAGGCGUCGCAACAGCUCUCCAGGGUCUUGAUUGCAGGGACUGGAGCAGAAGCUUCAUCUUUGAUAUAA